AUUUUCGAUAUUGUUCCGCUCGUAAAAAUUGCAACUUCAAUUUUCUGCCGGUCUCAAUCAAGUGCCCAAAAAUGUCCCAACCGUACGUGAUCCGUGUGAUGGAGGAGAUGGGUUGGGGCUCGGACGGUGGCUUCAUCCCGAUCGCCAACGAAGAGAACAAAAAGCUGCUGGACUACGUCAACCGGUUGGGUGAUCGGAAAACGGAAGGAUCGUCCAAGGUGCAGGUCAGCGAUCAGCGCUUGAACAAUCUGCAGGCCCAUCUGAAGAACGCACAGGUGGAGUUCGAUCAAAAUCUUAAACUGUUGGCGGAGGACAAGGGCCAGAUCGAUACGGAGCACGGGCUGCUGAAGCUGUCGGAGAACGAUGGCGGCAAGAUGCGGAAGAUGGCGAAGGAGGUGCAGUACGUGAGGGAAGAACUGGAGCGGCACGAUCAGCGGUCGCAAAAGGAAAUGAAAAAGCUGACCGCCAACAUGGAACGGUUCACCGAGCGGAUCAAGUGGGCUAAAGCGGCCCUAACCGAGUGGAAACAGGUCAUGGACAAUGGCGAAGAAACGAACAAGCUUAUCGAAAAAUACUGCAAGCUGGAUAAGGGUCGAGCGGAAGCUUUAGAAGCCAAACGAAAGAUCCUCGAAGACAAGGUUUCAAAGCGGAGGACAACACUGGUUGCACUGGCCGAAGAGUACCGCUCCUUGGAACAGGUACUGGAAAGGACUUCACAGUUGUACCGCCAGGCGCAUUCUGAGCGCCGCCAGUUGGUGUUGAAGUGGAAGGAGGCAGUGAAGCACAUGAACCAACGCGAGGAAGACAUCAAAGAGGUUGAAGCGGAAAUCGAGAAGGCACGGGAGAUAAGCGCCAUGCUGAAUGAUGAUCUGCAGGCUCAGGUGGAAUUCCUAGAGGAACAGGAACGCAACAACAAGGAGAUUGAACUAGGGAUUGCAGAGUUAAACGUGGAGGUUUCAAAGCUCCGGAAUCGUCUGAACGCACUAACCGAUAGCGUGCAGUUGAAAACAAACGAGUACCAGAUAACGCGCAAAGCGGUACAAAACGUGUCAAACAAGCUGACCGGCAUGCGCAACAAAAACCGGCAGGCGUUGAUGGAGGAAGCGGAGAAGGAAAGGCAAAUCAAUACAAAUUUAAGCCAGUUGGAAGAAUUGAGGGAAAAAUAUGAAAACUUCAGGAGUAAAACUUUGUGUGCUCAGGAGAGAUUGAGGCAAUUGAAUGAGAUCGUCGAGCAGGAGGAGAAGCAGAUCAAAGUGCUCAGCGACGAAACGGCACGUCUAUCAACCGCACUGUACCGUGCGCAAACGCAACUGGUUUCGAUGAGGGAUGAGGACAAGCUUUUGAAAAUAGAGAUUCACUCAAUGGAAUCUGGCAUUGGAAAAAUUAAGGCAGCGAUGAAGGUACAAGAGAAGGAAAUUAUUCGCCAGACAGAGAUAUCGUACAGCGUGGACUACAAUAUGGAGAAGAUCGAGAAGAGAAUAGCAAAUAUGAAAGGAGAAAAUAAGCAGGAGGGAGCAAGCAGAGCGCACGCAAAACUAGUUCAAGCCGAGGCGAUUUACUAUGCCCGGAUGCAGAACCACUCGUUGCUGCAGGCGCAAAUUGCGAAGAUUCAAAUUGAUUUCCGGAAUUUGAAUGCGAUCUAUCAACAGGAUUGCAUCGAGAUUGACAGAAUGAUCGGGAAACUGAAGGAAAAGUCUUUGAUGGUGGAGGGUGGUGAGAAGAAGUUGAGGCAGUGUACGACGGAAAAUCAGGAAAGACUGGUGGAAAAGAGUUUGCUGAAGAUGCGAAUUAACCAGAUGGAGAUGCUGGUGGAUAAACAGAAUGAUAAGAUGUAUACGCUGGAGCGCCAUCGAAUGGAACUGGAAACGGCCAUCAAUGAGAGGUUGAUCGACAUAAAGUCCCAAAAGGAUAUGCUGAUGCUGAAGAAGAAGUAUUUACAUGACGAGCGGGCACAGCUGAAGGCGGAUAUCAGCGAAAGGACGUUGAAAAUCGACCAGUUGAAAAAUCGGUAUGAAUUGUCGUUGGAUUUGCUGGGUAAGAACGAUGAUGGAACUAUCGUUACUGCAACGCAAAUCAAAAUUCAGAACGCACAGGAAAAGUACAUGUUGCUGCGAGAAGGCAGUGAAUUGAAUGUGAAAAUCUUGAAGGCGGAGGAAGAUUUGAAAGCCUUGGAGAAUACAUUGAAACUGAUGAAUUUUUCGAAUGAGACCUACAAGCGUGGAUUUCAAAAAGUGGAUGAUGAUAAUCCAGAUAUUCAGCAGAUGAACAACAUUCAGAAUGACUACUGUAAGGCACUGUCGGCGUUGAAGAACGUGAGAACUGACUUGGCGUUCAAUACGGAGAAUUUGCACAACUUGAACGAAGAGAGGGAAGAAAGUGAUAAGGCGUUGGAGGUAACUACCAAGGUUCGGCUCGAUAACAAUGAUAUACUGCUGAAGAUUCAAAAGGAACUGCUUGAUCAGAAGACAAAAAUCCAACGCGCUGAACGAGAGCUGCGACUAGCUAUCAAGGCUGCCCGUGCGAAGACCAACGACGAAGAUCUGUUACACACGUUCCAGAAGGAUUUGAAUCUUAAGGAGCUCGAAGAACGCAACAACAUGGCACUGCAUCAGAUGGCCGAUUUGAUUGAGAUCUUCCAGGAGAUGAACCCAACGGUGAACAAAUAUUUUUACGACAAGGGAUUGCGUUUGCCGGUAGUUCGUCGCGCCAAGAGUCAGAUAUCGUGGCGUAGCGAGAAUUCUCCUGGGUCGGAUUACAGCGGACGUGACGAUACAGGAUCGUCGAAACCAGCAUCUAAAAUGUCCAUGUGCUCGGCAUCGACGCGUUCAUCGGACUCAUCAGAGAACAUUGCCAAGUCGUUUGACAAUCGAAUGAGUGCCGGGCUUUCGGUGAUCCUGAUAGACUUUCCCGGAGCAAGUGGCAGCAAGAAAUCCGGCCUUGGUGGAUUACUACCGAAGAAAUAAUCUUGGAACGACGGCGCCAACGACGUUCUUUCAUUUCUACUCGGAACGGAAACUCUAUAUUGUCGUACAUUUCAGUUGACCAUCAUUGUCGUCAAAUUUAUUUUAAUUGGCAUUUAUAUCAUAUGUAUGAUUUGUGUGUGACUUUCAUGCAAUGUCGGUAAUUCGAUAAAAACUACUACAAAUA